AUGAAGGCCGACAAUAAGACAGCGGCAGCCCUCUUCGGUCUCGGUGAAACAGCAGAAAGCCCAUACGACGGAGACUUACACGACACGCUCGUGGCAUGGGGCUACCACGACAACACCGAAGCCAUGCAAAAGAAGCACGACGACGAAUGCGAUGUGGAGAACGGCAACAAGCUUAAGCAAUGCUUUGACGAAUGCUUCCAGAUCAAACACUUUGACAGUCCUGCUGUCAUGCUGAACGAGGAUGGCAGCCGGCCAGAAAAGGCAAACCAGUACUACAAAGCGCCAUGCGGUACCACCAUGCGCGUCAAAGACGCAGCCCACGCUGUUGGUGUGAACGGUAUUGGCGGCGCAGUCAUCGCCAUGGGCAUUGUCAGUCCAGCAAAAGCCGCCGCGGGCUUGUGGUGUCGGGACCGAAAGCCAGAAGAAUUGCCACACAUCCGUUCUUUCUCCGAUAUCUCAUGGGCGUUCUGGAAUCGUGCGGCAGCGGGUAAUAUCCAAGGCAUUCACUAUUUCAUGGCCACGAUGGUAAUCAACAGGGAGACCAAUCAGCGCAUCAACAAGGCGCUGUCAGAGCUGACGCCGCCGGAAGAAGACACGAAAGGUUGGCAAGGACAUGAGUUUGGUAUGGACUCUGAUGCUGGGAAAGCACUGCUAGGAGCACCUGUGGGACGGUGGGCGGGGUAUUUCCUGAUCCAGCACAAAAGGCAGUUGGGCGGGAACAGGUUCAUCUCCAAGGUCAGGGUCUUCAAGAGCGAAAAGGAAGGGUCGUGGCCGUAUAUGCUGUUCUACGUUGAUGGACCGAAAAUAACUCCGAAGCCGUAG